AUGGCGACCAAGUACGAGCUUCCAUUCACGCUAGCAGACCCUACUCUGUUACAUUUAGACUCUUUCAUUGGUGACAAAUGGGUCGAGGCAAAGAGUGGGAAGCGGUUUGAAGUACUUGACCCUGGAACCGACAAGCCAUGGGCAAGCUGCCCCAACAACGGAGCAGAAGACGUUACCGCAGCCGUAGAAACUGCACACACAGCCUUCGAACAGUUCCGCAAAGUCAACCCGCGCCAGCGCGCCAAGUGGUUACUGAAAUGGCACGACCUGACACUAGCCGCGAAAGAAGAUCUUGCUCAAAUCGUCACACACGAAACUGGCAAGCCGCUAGCCGAAGCAUACGGAGAGAUUGACUAUUCUCUCGGCUUCUUGUGGUGGUUUGCGGGCGAGGCAGAGCGUAUUCAGGGCACUAUCUCCACAGCGGCAGCACCAAACCGACGGCUAUUUACCAUCAAGCAGCCCAUCGGAGUGGCCGCUGCACUGGUCCCGUGGAACUUCCCCGUUGCCAUGGUUCUGCGGAAAGUCGGCGCUGCGAUGGCUGCGGGUUGCACGAUGGUUGUGAAGCCUAGUCCUGAGACGCCGGUUUCUGCGCUGGUGUUGGCGGAGUUGGCACAACGUGCUGGUAUCCCGGCGGGUGUAUUCAAUGUUCUUACUACUGAUUUGGAGAACACGCCGUCCUUGAGCGAGGCGCUUUGCAAGCACCCGCUUGUCAAGAAGGUGACUUUUACUGGAUCUACUCGCGUGGGUAAGCUGGUUGCUUCUCACUGCGCGCAUGGUCUCAAGAAAGUUACUCUGGAGCUUGGUGGUAAUUGUCCCUUCAUCGUCUUUGAUGAUGCCAACCUUGAUCAGGCGCUUGAGCAGUUGAUGGCUCUGAAGUGGCGCCAUGCUGGUCAAGCUUGUAUCACUGCCAACCGAAUCUACGUCCAGGCUGGUGUUUAUGAUAAGUUCGCCUCUCUUUUGAAAGAGCGCACUGCUGCUCUGGUUGUAGGACAUGGUGCUGCGACUGGUACCACCAUGGGUCCUUUGACCACGCCCCGUAGCAUUGACAAGGCUACUGCUCAGAUUGAAGAUGCUCGCCGUCUCGGGGCGGAUGUUCUGCUGGGUGGAAAUCCUGUUGCUAAGCCGGGUUACUUCUUUGAGCCCACCAUUCUCUCCGGAAUGACGGAAGAGAUGCUUAUCUCACAGGAGGAAUCAUUUGCGCCUAUUGCUGCGCUGUAUCGGUUCGAGACUGAGGAACAGGCAGUCAAGCUGGCCAAUGAUACUAGUAUGGGUCUGGCUAGUUAUGCUUUCACAAAGAACAUUGAUCGUGUCUGGCGUCUCUUGGAGAACCUGGAGGCAGGCAUGAUCGGAAUGAACACUGGCAAGUGUAACCAAUCGGCGGCCGAGUCGCCUUUCGGUGGUAUCAAGGAGUCUGGAUAUGGCAAGGAGAGUGGAAAGGACGUCGCCGUCAACGAAUAUUUGGUGACCAAGACAGGAACAUUGACUCUUGAGGGACAAUACUGA